AUGUCUGCAUUUACCAAAGGCCAAGCCGGCGUCGCCGCCGCCGAGAAGAAGAAGUGGCCCGAGGCCAUCGAGCUUCUUUCCCAGGCGCUGGCCGACACAAAGUCUCCCCAGUGGCUGCUCGCCCGUGCCCAGGCAUACCAGAACACCGGCGAGCCUGAGAAGGCCUUGCUGGACGUCGAGCAGGCGUACCACGCCGCAGCCCAGCGCGGCAACGACAAGUCCCGGAAGCAGAUGAUCGAGGCGCAGUACCGACGCGCCGUUCUCCUCUUCAAGAAGGGCCAGUAUGCCAACUCUGACUGCUGCUGUCUGUGGGCCAUGCAGCUGGCUGAGGGAAAGCCGGUGGCGAUGGCUGAUAACGUGUCUACCAAUGUGGACGAGGAUGGCGACUACAAGGCGACGUUGGAGGAGGCUCGCGCAAUGAAAUACGACAAUGGCCAGGGAAACUCCAUUGAUUCUGUACUUGCUGCUCGCAGUAGUGGCAAGGAUCCGACCGGCUAUCAAGCUGACUGGAAUCGCGCUUUCAUGUGGCGCAGCCAGGUGUUGGCGGCCAUGGAGAAGUUGCCCAAGGGUGAUCCGGGCCGUAAGGUGACAGUCACGCGCUUCCCGGCCAAGCGUACACAGGCCGAGAUAGACGAUGCGGCUGGCGAGAAAGCCAAGGCGGAUGCCAAAGCUGCAGAGGAAGAGAGAUCUCGAGCAAAGCUCGCAGAGCAUGCUAAGUCAGAGACAAUCAAGAAGCAGACGUUGGACGUGGCGGGCAAGUUCCGGAGCCAGUAUUAUCAGACCGACAAGAGCAUCACUGUCACUCUGCUGAUCAAGUUCGCAACCCGAGAGGAGAGCAAUGCUGUGAAGGUGCAGUUUCUGCCGGACAUGGUCGUUAUCUCUGGCGUUCCCCGCAACCCGCCCGUUGUUUAUCUUCAACUUCACGCCCCUAUUGAUCCAUCCAAGAGUAAGUUCCGCGCGGCCGUCAUGAAAGUCGAGCUUGAGCUGGUGAAGCAAGAGCCAGCCAAGUGGCCGAACUGGGGUGAAGAGGUUCUGGAAGAUCCCCGUGAACCGGGAGCUCUACCUACUUCUGUUGGCAAUGAUGGCGACGUCGAGGCUAAGGGCUCGAAUGCUACGACAGCCGUUUCUGCAUCCAUCACUGAGGAGCCGAAGCCGGCGCCUUCCAAGCCUGCAGCUUCUCCGGCUUAUCCGACAAGUUCCAAGUCGGGCUCCAAGAACUGGGACAAGAUCGACGAUGCUGAAGAGGAAGAUGACAGCCAGGAUGUCAACUUCUUCUUCAAACAGUUGUACAAGAAUUCGACUCCAGAGCAGCAGCGAGCGAUGAUGAAGUCCUAUAUCGAGAGCAACGGCACUGCGCUCAGCACAGAUUGGAACAAUGUGAAAGACAAGAAGGUAGACACCGUGCCGCCGAAUGGUGUCGAGGCCAAGAAGUGGGAGUCUUAG